AUGUCUUUAAAGAUGAUGUUGUAUGUUGAUGGAAGCAUAUUUCAACAAAUUAUUAAUAACUUUUAUCCAUAUAUUCUUAAUUUGAUGAAUACUGGAAAGGGGAAAGGUGAAACAAAGGGAAACGAAGGGGAAUGGGAAACGAAGGGAAAAGGAGAAACGAAUGGAAAGGUGAAAGGUGAAACGAAGGGAAACGAAGGGAUGGGAAAACGAAGGGAAAGGGGAAAACGAAGGGAAAGGGAAAACGAAGGGAAGGGAAAACGAAGGGGAAGGGAAAGGAAACACGAAGGGAAACGAAGGAAAGGGGAAAGGUGA